AGCGACUUUGAAAUACCCACGGCACGUCUCGCGGUGCUUCGCCUUGGCUGCGCGCGUGCGCGUGUGCGCGCGUGCGUUAUCAGUAACGACAGCUCCGUGUAAACAGCCAUGGCUGCCCUGCGCAGGCUAAUCCCUCGACUGACCGGCGGCGGCGGAGGAACCGGGACGACCUCGAGGGCGGCGAAGGCGCUGAAAGUCGCCGCUGCCGCGUCGUGCGUCGCCGCCGCGGCGUAUUAUUACCGCCGCUCGUUCACCGCCGGGAGACGCUCCGGCUUGAGGAGCCGCGUCGAGGCGCGACUCUUUGAUCUGGCGCUGCCAUCGGUUUCCGCCACCGACAAGGCCCGGACCUAUGGCCUGGACGAUGGAGACGUGUACAUGUCGUCCUAUGAAAACAGAUUCCGCCUCUUCAGCUCGGUGGAGUACGAGGGCCAGCUCUACAUGACGCCACGCAGCUUCAUAGAGUCCGUCACUUUGAAUGAACCCACGAGUAAGAGAGGCUGGAAGUCACUCACCAAAAAGGACUUAGACAAGAUGCUGGCGGACACCCCGUCUGUUUGGAAAGGAUCAUCUAAUUUGUUCAGAAAUCUUCGUGAACGAGGUGUCAUCUGCUACACAGAGUACAUGUUCCUGCUCUGCAUUUUAACAAAGCCCCAUGCUGGCUUCAAGAUCGCUUUCAACAUGUUUGAUGCCGAUGGGAAUGAGAUGGUGGACAAGAGGGAGUUCUUGGUGCUUGAGGAAAUAUUCCGUAAGAAGAAGGUCAGAAAGGAAGCUGCCGAAGACGAGCCAAGAUUUGACCGGAAGAGCCUGCAGCUGUACGGCCCGCGCUCAUCCCAGACGCACAGUGUUCUUGAGAGAGACAGCCAGCAUGUGGAGGCCCGGGGCAUGUGGGAUGUUCUCAGACGGGGCACGAGUCAAGUUCUGUUUUCUGAUCUCACCGAGGUGGACGAAAAGACAGAGACGACGCUGAUGGUGCAUUUCUUUGGGAAAAAAGGGAAAGCCGAAUUGAAAUUUGAAGAUUUCUACGAGUUCAUGGACAACCUGCAGACGGAGAUGCUCGAGAUCGAGUUCCUCUCCUACUGCAAGGGCCUGCCCACCAUCAGCGAGGAAGACUUCGCUCGCAUCCUCCUCCGCUUCACCAACGUGGACGACGUCACCGAGUAUUUGGAGAACGUGCGCCACGGCUUGCCGGACGAAAAGGGAAUCACCUUCGAGGAGUUCAGGUCCUUCUUCCAGUUCCUCAACAACCUGGAGGACUUUACCAUCGCCAUGCAAAUGUACAACUUCGCCAACCGCUCCGUCGGUCAAGAGGAGUUCACCCGCGCCGUCUACGUGGCCACGGGCAUCCAGCUGAGCCGACACCUGGUCAACACGGUCUUCAAGAUCUUCGACGAGGACCGCGACGACAAACUCAGCCACAAGGAGUUCAUCGGCGUCAUGAAGGAGCGGCUGCACCGCCGCGGCGGGGGCAUCAGCGUGGAGCAGAAGUUCACCUCCUUUAAGUCCUGCAUGAGGAAGGAGCUCGCGGGCAAAUAGCAGGUGGACGUCCUGUUGGCGGCGGCGAGCAACGAGGAGGCACCGAAGGGUUAAUGCACGCUGCAGAGAUGCUAGGAGCUUUUUAAAGGGGGGGGGGGUGCUCUCCCGUUUUGUCUGUAGCUGCUUUCGCUCAGAAGAUGUUUCUCUAUUUAUUGAUUAGAAAUACGUUGAUCAGUUUGAGACACGGUAUAUUUAUUUGUUUAUUUAUUUAUUUGUUUAUUCAAAAGUCCAACGUUGUCUUAUUACGGCUCUGCUCUGCUCACAUACUUCGCCCCCCCAGCACAGGGCAGCACCUCCUCUUCCUCCAUCUCCUCCAUCUCCACCUCUUCCUCCUUCUCCACCUCUUCCUCCUCCAUCUCCUCCUCUUCCUCCUCCACCUUCUCCUCCUCCCCUUCCUCCUCCCUUCUCUUCCGCCUCCCUUCUCUUCUUCCACCUCCUCCCUUUCCUCCUCCUGCUUCUCCUUCUGUCCUCUUCCUCCUCUUCUUCCUCCACCUUCUCCUCCUCUUCUUCCUCCUCCCUUCUCUUCCUCCUCCCUUCUCUUCUUCCACCUCCUCCCUUUCCUCCUCCUGCUUCUCCUUCUGUCCUCUUCCUCCUCUUCUUCCUCCACCUUCUCCUCCUCUUCUUCCUCCUCCCUUCUCUUCUUCCACCUCCUCCCUUUCCUCCUCCUGCUUCUCCUUCUGUCCUCUUCCUCCUCCUCCUCAUCCACCUUCUUCUUCCUCCUCCUCUUCCUCUUCCUCCUCCUCUCGCUGCAGCUGAACUCCUCCUGGUUUCCCCCAGAGCCUCAGAAGUCUUCAUUCAUUCUGUGGCUGUUGUUCUUCUUCUUCUUCUUCUUCUUCUUCUUCUUCUUCUUCUUCUUCUUCUUCUUCUUCUUCUUCUUCUUCUUCUUCUUCACUGUUUAACUACAGGCAGCGAGACGUGUUAAUCAUUUCUGAGCUGGUGGGAGAGGAGUGCUUUUUUUCUUCUUCUUUUUUGUUUGUUGGUGGAUGACCUAUAUAAAUAAAUAUGCACACAAAAAAGAUUGAAGCCAUGUGUUUGUUCCACUCUCGGGACACUCGAGCUUAAAUUAGUUUCGGAGCAAUACAUUAAAACGACCCUUUACGGCUCAGAGGAGCAUUUACUCUUCGCCUCCUUUAAUAAAAACACUCACAGCUCCGUGCAGACGUGACCGAGCUGUUAUUGAUGACUGUAUGUUCCUGGUGGGAUGUUUGCUUCGGGUGGAGCUGUGAACUGACGAGAAGAUAUCAACAUGUCACGUGACGUAAUAUUUACCCGAUUAGCCGGUCUACCUUUCGAAGACUUUUUGGAAACGUGUCAUUCUUUUAAAACCUUGACUGUUACACGAGGCGUUUAUAACCACAUGGUACAAUAAACAAUGUCAAACAUG